AUGAUAAAUUUCUCGCAAGUAACCUUCGAGGAUAAUGACACACGGGAUCCCAUGAAUUUUUCAUACAAAACAAAGUGGAUGAUCACACUGGUGGCAUGUGCUUUUACCGGGAUAGUCGCCGCAGCGUCGGCCUCUUUUUCGAUGGGAUACCAGUCGAUGAUGCAGGACCUGAACUGCACUCAGUUCCAGGCCACUGUCGGAUUGAGCAUGUGGUCAAUCGGAUUUGGCACCGUUCCUCUCAUCACUUCAUCCUUCACGGAAGAAUUCGGUCGCCUGAAUAUAUACAUCGUCUCGUCAUUUGGAUUCAUGCUUACGGAAAUUAUGAUUGCCCUCUCACCGAACAUACAGACCGUCAUGCUUGGACGUCUGCUCGGGGGCGCAUUCGGCUCAACAGGUGCAACCUUGGUGGGUGGUUCGGUCGCCGACGUAUGGAAACAACACGAGCGUGGACAACCUAUGGCAUUCUUCGCUCUUGUUGCUGUGGUUGGAACAGGCCUUGGGCCUGUAAUUGCUGGUGUAAUAGAGGCAAACCCUCGCCUUGGAUGGAGAUGGAUUCAGUGGAUUCAUGUUAUGUUUACAGGGGCUUAUUUCAUCUCGGUUGUGUUGCUCAUGAAAGAAACGCGCGCUACCAUAGUUUUAACCCGACUAGCAAGAAAGAAGCGAAGAGAGACAGGAGAUGAUAGAUACCAAGCGAAGGCAGAAAUGGAAAAACAAAAAUUAAGCACUUUGAUCAAGAUUUCCUGCACACGACCAAUUUACCUCUUGCUGACGGAGCCUAUCGUCCAGGGUUUCAGUUUGUGGAUUGGCUUUACAUGGGGUGUAGUCUUUGCUCUUAUAGAGUCUGUCUCCGCUGAGUUCCAGGCGGUCUACGGAUUUAACAUACAGGACACAGGAUUUAUUUUCAGCACCCUCAUAGUUGGGAGCUUCAUUGGAUACUUGGCCAACACCUAUCAGGAAAAGUUAUAUCAGAAACGUCAGGAAGCGCGUCUUUAUCUUCCUUGUGUUGCGGCAUUCUUCCUACCAAUCGGGAUAUUCAUCUACGCUUGGACAGCAAGACCGGAAGUACAUUGGAUAGCGCCAGCAAUCGGUCUCACUAUAUUCAUGUCCGGCGGAUUUGUGAUUUACAUGGUGUCGUCAGCCAUUGCAGGCCAAAGCCUAUGUCGAAAUUUGGCCGCAUCAAUCUUUCCUCUUUUUACGACACAGAUGUUUGCUCGCUUGACGUAUAGGUGGGGUCUGACCCUGUUCGGAUGUGUAGGUGCUGCGCUAGUGCCCAUACCAUGGGUACUUUUCUUUUAUGGGUCCAGGAUUCGUGCUCGAAGCAAGGUGUCACGAAAAAUUCUAGAGGAAGAAGAGUUGCAAGACAACAUGGAGAAGUGA